UACACCCGUGGGCUGCCUCCUGCAGCAGGGGCCUGGCUAUGAUGUACAAGGUGACUGUGGGUCUGGUGACCUUUUUGCUGAUCUUUUCUGUCAGAGCUGAGGAAGUGUUGUCUGUGGGAGAGCUGCUGGAGAGAGCUAACAGUGGCAUCGUGCGUGAAGCAGAUGAGCCAAAGGUUAUUGGAGACAUUGCAGUUGAUGAUGAAAAUGAUGAGAGGAACGCUGAUCCCUGCACCUCCCAAGGCUGCAUGUGGCCCAAGUCCAGUGACGGCAUAGUCUACGUGCCCUACGUCAUCGCCAACCACUUCUCCUCCCGUGAGCUGCAGGUCAUUCAGCGUGGUCUGGACUCCUUCUUCUCUGUCUCCUGCAUCUAUUUCUAUCCGCGCUCUAAUGAGAGGGACUACCUCAGCAUUGAGUCUCGCAGUGGAUGCUACUCUUAUGUGGGUCGCCGUGGUUAUGCCCAGACAGUGUCUCUGGACCGUAAUGGCUGUAUCUACCACCACACCGUCCAGCACGAGCUUCUCCAUGCUCUGGGUUUCAACCAUGAACAGACCCGCAGUGACCGUGACAACCACAUCCUUGUUGUCUGGGAGAACAUUAUUGAAAACAUGAAGUACAACUUUGAGAAGAUUGCUACUUUGAACCAGGGUACUCCCUAUGACUACGAGUCUGUCAUGCAGUACCACAGAACUGCUUUCUCUAAGAAUGGUCUGCCUACCAUGGUCCCCAUCCCCAACAGCAAUGUAGCCUUUGGCCAGGCAAGGCAGAUGAGUCAAAAUGACAUCACCAGAAUCAACAGACUCUACAAGUGCUGAACUGAAAAAACACAUCAAUCCAUUCAUUAGACAACCAGGAGAUGAUUAGUCAAAAA